AUGGGCACCGUUUCUAGUAUCCUCGAGCAGAACUUCCCCCAGGCUCCCAAAUGGAGUGUAAACGAUGCACCAGAUUUGGAUGGGAAAGUCUUUGUCGUUACUGGGGGAAAUACCGGCAUUGGUUUCGAGACUUGCAAGGCUCUCCUAUCUAAAAAUGCAAAAGUCUACCUGUGCACUCGUUGUCCUAAACGCGGGCAAGAUGCACUCGAGCAGCUUCACCAAUUAACCGGCAAGUAUACUGAAGUCCUGUCGCUUGACUUGGCAAAUCUGGAUAGUGUAAGGGAGGCUGCCCGAGAACUGACAAGAAAAGAAACGGAGAUCUACUGUUUGAUUAACAACGGGGGCGUUUUGGGGCCACCUCUUGAAGCCAAGACUGCCCAGGGGUACGAUCUUCAAUUCGGGACUAACGUGCUCGGACAUUACCUUUUCACUACUCUGUUACUUCCGAUGCUGUUGCGUACUUCCAAGACGUCUGGGGUUCCGGCGCGCAUUGUUACGGUGUCAAGCUUUCAACAUCUUUUUGCACCCAAGGGCGGAGUAGAUUAUGAUUCGUUGGUACCUAAUUCACCUAAUGCGGACCGCAUACGCGAGAGGAUGGGUCGGGAGACACUGUAUUCUCAAAGCAAAUGGGCGCUUAUAGCAUUCACAAACGAAUUGGCCCGUCAGUACGACCCAGAAGAUAUCAUUGCCAUAUCUCUAAAUCCGGGCAACAUCCGCACCGAGAUCACACGACACGUUGGAUUAAGCGGCAUAAUUGCCAUUAUUGCCGAGAUGAUGUUAUGGGAUUGCUCGUAUGGAGCUUUGAGCUCGUUAUACGCUGGGAGCGACCCUGGGGCGUUGCAGUUGAGCGGCAAGGCGCGAUCGGCCAUUCACAUACCCGCCACCUCAAUCGCUGUUCUGAUGAUGAACGCUCAGAAACGCAAAGCGACGAAUAUAGAUGACAUUGAUGUCGAUGCCGAAUUGGAGGCUGGGCCAUCUACAAAUCCAUACCUCAAGCGAGGGCGCACUGGCACGGUCGAGGCGGGGAGUCGUGCGGGGAGUAUGGCUCCGAAUGCGGUGGGCGCUGACGGUGGUGGCGGUGAAGGAGACGAUGACGACGAAGAGGCUCCAGCUAUGGCUGAUGAUGAUUAUUCUGCUCAGCUGUCGUGGCAGAGUCAGAGCAAAGAGAAUAUGAAGUUGUUGCUAAGCAGCUUUACCCCUGAUCAACUGGCGAGAUACGAAACGUAUAGGCGAUCCACUUUGAACAAGCAGAGUGUUCGUAGGUUUAUUCAUCAAUCCCUUGGAGCCAACGUCUCCGUAAAUGUCGCCCAAGUUAUAGCCGGCUUUUCCAAAGUGUUCGUGGGUGAAAUCAUCGAGUUAGCUCGGCAAGUACAACAACAAUCGUUGCCGCUGGGCGCAGUACCGGGGCCCCUCACACCGGACCACUUACGUGCGGCGUAUCAACUCUAUAUCCAACAAACGGGUCAUGUUGGCUCUGCGAAGCCUGCUAGGGGCCGUCGAUUGUUCGUACGAUAG